AUGCAGCUCCGGACGGGAGCGGCUUCGGUGGUUCGGACCGGUCUUGGUCUUACACAGUCGAGAUGUGCCCUAACAACAGGGAGGAUACGACAGUCCAAGGCCCUCUACCACAACACCAAGAGGAACGACUCGGCAUGGGGAGCUGCUGUCUCGGUUGCCGGCAACAUCGUCAACAAUGCCGUCAACAAGGUCAUCAAGGGCACCGACGGGUUGCCCACCAUUGACCCUCUCCGUCUCGUUGCCGGCGAGAUGAAGUUCCUAACAGGUAACAUCCGCAAGCUCCUGGGUUCUGGCCACCCCUCGCUCGACCGCGCCGCCAAGUACUACACACAGGCCGAGGGAAAGCAUGUGCGCCCAUUAAUCGUCCUUCUCAUGUCUCGCGCCACUGCUUUGUGCCCCAAGGCUCCUCAAAGGCAACAAUCGACUCUCCAGGCUUCCGCUGCCAUUGACACCUCGAUCUCGCCUCUCAACAUCCUCUCCGACUUCAACCCUUCCGCCGCCACCCCCGCCUCCGAGACCACUCCCGCAGAUACCGAUAUCCUCCCCUCCCAACGACGACUUGCCGAGAUCACCGAGCUGAUCCAUACCGCCUCGCUUCUUCACGACGAUGUCAUCGAUCACUCCGAGUCCCGCCGCGGCGCUCCCUCCGCCAACCUCGAGUUCGGAAACAAGAUGGCCGUUCUGGCCGGUGACUUCCUUCUCGGGAGAGCCUCCGUCGCCCUUGCCCGUCUCCGCCACGCCGAAGUCGUCGAGCUGCUCGCUACCGUCAUCGCCAACCUUGUCGAGGGCGAGUUCAUGCAGCUCAAGAACACGGCUCGCGACGAAAAGAACCCCAAGUGGUCCGAGGAGACCCUCACCUACUACCUCCAAAAGACCUACCUCAAGACGGCUUCCCUGAUCAGCAAGAGCUGUCGCGCGUCGGCGCUGCUGGGCGGCGCUGAUGCGGCGACCGUGGAUGCUGCUUAUCUGUAUGGCAAGAACCUUGGCUUGGCUUUCCAGCUGGUCGACGACAUGCUGGACUACACUCGCAGCGAGAAGGAGCUGGGCAAGCCUGCCGGUGCUGAUCUCGAGCUUGGCUUGGCGACUGCUCCUUUGCUGUUUGCUUGGAAGACGAUGCCGGAGCUUGGUCCUUUGGUCGGCAGGAAGUUUGAGAAGGAGGGUGAUGCUGCUAGGGCAAGAGAGUUGGUUCUCCAGAGCAACGGUAUUGAGCAGACCCGUGCUCUCGCCCAGGACUACGCCGAAAAGGCCAUCGAAGCCAUCAGCGGGUUUCCCGAAAGCGAAGCCAAGGAUGGCCUAAUAGAAAUGGCCGUUAAGACGCUAAAGCGCAACAAGUAA